AUUUUUUAUUCCUAAUAUAAGUUGAUUGUUGUCCCGGUUUGUGUUUGUUGAUUAACACAUGUGGAGUUUCUUCUCAUAAGCUUUUGGGCAGUAGAAGUUCGUUUUUCCGAUUGUUUUUUGGUUGCAUUUUAUUUAUCUGUGUGUGUCCUUUGUGUUUUGUGUUUGUGAGCGUCAAAUUUUCCGGUAGCCAACAAAAUAUUGAAGGAAACGGUUUUAGUUAAUGCCUUUUAGAUACCCAUGUGCAAUCACUACACGACGCUGGCAGAAAUUGUUGUAAAGAACAGCAGAUUGCCAUAAAACAAAAAAAAAAAAAAAAAAAAAAGUUGAUUGUUUUUGUUACAAUUAUAUAGCUGCUGUUUUUGAUAAUUAAAUGUGUCUCCGUAUUUCCAAACUACCUUAAAAUGGAUUUCCAGUUAGUGUUGCUGAUUUUCGCAGCUUCAUGCGCUGCGUUAGUAUCGGGUCAUUCAUAUGAGGACAACCGCUGCAAAUGUGUGUGCCCGAGUCCGGCGGCGGUGCUCAACAACACAUCGGGCGCCGACCGAAGUCCUUUCAUGAAGUCUGCCAAUGUCCCUCCAAACAAAUGCAAUUGCGAGAAUGUGAUCCUUCCGCGUGUGGCUGACCAGAUCAAAGGUCGGGAGCAAGAGUUCUGUCCCCGCUGUGAGUGCAAGUAUGAAAACAGAAAUACAACCAUCAUAAAAGUGGUAGUGAUCAUCGUGAUCUGGGUGAUUAUGCUGCUGGUGGUGUACAUGGGAUUCCUGAUCUGCUUGGAUCCGCUCAUAAACAAGCGCGCCAAGGCCUCCUACCAGGAGCACACCAAUGAAGAAGACGAGGGCAGCCUGGGCGGGCCGUCGCAGCAGCUGGGCGCGCGCGGCAACGUGCUCAACCGCGUCACACACCAGCAGGACAAGUGGAAGCGGCAGGUGCGCGAGCAGCGCCGCAACAUCUACGACCGCCACACCAUGCUCAACUAGGAGCGCGACAGACACACUCACACGUAUCUAUUCCAUCGUAUAACGUAGCUAGCUAGGGAACUUAACGUUUUUUACCGUUUGAUGCCGAUAAGUACUUAGCCUACAAAAGAAAACCACUUUAUGACGAUUUCUUUCCCAACUUAUUGUCCUCUGAUUUCGACUUUUCAACUUUGUGGCCCACAGCAGAAGUGGAAGAGGCGGAAGAGGCCAUUUGUAUUGAUGAGUGUGAGGGUGUGAUUCCAUAAGAACAAAUGUUUUCAGUAAACUUGUCCAAAUGCGGGACGAUUGUUGCAGAUAUUUUUGUACUUUGUCUAAUUGUAUAAUUUAAGUAUACUCAUUGCUGAUUAUAAUAAUAAUAAUAAUGCGAGAAACAUAUUCACAUGUAUACUAUGUAGAAAAUUAAACUAAGCGAAACUGUAUUCUUAUUAAUAUUGACAUGUGCGCCUUUUUACACUUUGCUAGCGAAAUUGAUCUAUAGGAAUAUUAGGACUUUACGUGUAUUUUCAUAUAAUAGUAAAUUCCAUAAUUAUAAUAUGUAAAUGCCUUUGUUUGUCUUUACCUCUGUUUUAUUUUAAUGUUUAAGGAUUGGGUUUCAUAAUGUACGAGAAUUAUUAGUGAAAUUCUGGUAAGUGUCAAAAGGUUCAGAUUAAAAAUGAUAUGAACGAGUAAUAUUUUCUUGUUUGUGUUAAUUCAGAUCACUUUGAAGUUUUGCACUUGAUUCCCUUUUUAUACGAGGCAAUGGAAGCCUUCAAUAUCCGAUGUUUGGUCACUAACCCCGUGCCUCUAUGAACUAACUACUGUGGUACUUGCUUGGAGGCUGAAGGUGUCAGCCUCUAGCCAAGUGACACCGUCAAUAGAAGACACUUAAUGUAUUGAAUUGACAUUUUGUCUCCGUUAGUCAUAUGAGUUUGGUCUGUCAUCUCCAUAAAUUUGACGGUUUUCUGUUAAAGCUCAUGCUUUUGGCGAAAUAAGUAAAUAAUGGACUUGCGAUGCGUCGUACGCGAAGGGAUUAAUUUUAUUAUAAUUCAUUUUCCAAUGGUUAUAUGUCAACAGUUAUAUGUAUAUUACCUUUUGUAAUAGUUUUUGUAAAUACAAAAAAGUGUUUUAAUAAAUACAAAAAUGAUC